UGGUGCAGUGGUGCAGUGUAUCACGAGACUGUGUGGGGGAACGAGUCACCCCGCGGCUCAGCAAAAUGGCCUCCUCGGGUCGCGGCCCUGCAACCCUUGGCACUUGAAACUCUUAUACAUGUCCUUCCUCCUGCCGCUUUGACACGAUGCAUAAGGGACACUUGACAAAGCUAUCCUGCAGAAAAUAACUGGCAGUGAAAUGGUGUCCGGGAGGUGGGGCCAGGGAGGGGGAGCAGGGCGGGAGGGAGUGAUGGACGAGGAGGAAGCCAUUAGGUUAUCCCUCACUCCCAAUCUACAUGCUCUCAUGCUGGGCUCUCGCCGUCGCCGCAGCUGUUGUCCCCUGCUGUUUGAGCGUGCUGCCUCCACCUGGUGGGAUCCCAAAUUUGACAGCAGCAUUCUUGAGGAGCAGUACCAACGAUCAUCCCAUGCCACCCUGACCCUGCGGUUUCAGUAUGCGUUGCUGUACAUCUUGGUCAACAGCCUGGUGUGGGCCAUCUACUGGGCAUCCACCCGCACCUAUCAUUGGGCCACCUGCCUCUCGGUGGCACUGACCUUCGCAGCAGUCACCUUCUUUCAGCUCAUUUACACCAGAACCAAAAGUUAUACGAGCCAUCAGUUGUUGGUGUCUGUGGUGAUGUCUGUCUCCCUGAUCCUGGCGAGUCUGCUGCCCUACUCCCUCCACCAGCCUUCCUCCGCCCUUCCCCGGGUGGGCCCAGACCUCACAGCAGUGGGCAUGUUUGCCAUAUGUAUUGAAGUACUGCUGCUGAUCUACACCGUGAUUCCACUGCCUCUGUACAUGGCACUCAUCAUCACCACCCUCUACUCCAUCACCUUUGAGGUCCUCAAUGGCCUCAUCAUUGACCAAGGAGUGGUGAUAGUUCUGGUCCGCUUCAGCCUUCACAUUUCAAUCCACCUCAUUGGGGCACACAUCAUGAUCAUGACACAGGUACGGAUGAGGGGCACCUUCAUGAGCAUUGGACAGUCCUUGCUGGUACGGCGACAGCUUGAGCUAGAACGUUCCUUGAAGGAAAAGAUGAUCCAUUCAGUGAUGCCACCCCAGGUGGCUGAUUGGCUGAUGAAGGAGACACUGGCUGAAGACAGUGAGGAUGGUGGCCAGUACAGGGAGGAUGGGGCUAUCUUGAGAUCACAGCAGGUGUCUCCUCGCCGUCGCACCACCAAUGACUUAACAUCGCUCUUCCGGCCCUUCAACAUGAAUGGCAUGGACAAUGUCAGCAUCCUCUUUGCAGACAUUGUAGGCUUCACUAGGAUGAGCUCUAAUAAGACUGCAGAUCAGCUAGUUGGACUCCUCAACAACUUGUUUGGUCGGUUUGACAUAAUCGGCAAGAGAAGUGGUUGUGAGAAGAUCAGCACCUUGGGUGAUUGUUACUAUGGUGUGAGUGGUUGCCCUGAACCCAAGCCAGACCAUGCUCAGUGCUGUGUGAACAUGGGUCUCUCCAUGAUUGAUGCCAUCCAGGACUUUGACACUGCUACCAAUGAAGAUAUCAACAUGAGAGUGGGCAUCCACACAGGCAAGGUACUAUGUGGCAUUGUGGGAACAAAGCGUUUCAAGUUUGAUGUGUGGUCAAAUGAUGUUACACUGGCCAAUGAGAUGGAGUCAACAGGACAACCUGGUCAGGUGCAUGUCUCAGAGGCAACAUACAGAUUCCUACCAGAAGAUACCUACAUCACCACUGAAGGCACUGAGCACAAAGGUCUCAAAACUUACUUCAUUCAUGGUUAUAUAAGAAAAGAAACAAGCAGUGAGUUUAUUGGCAAUACAGAAGGCCAGUACAUCACCUAUAAGCCAUCAAGAGACAACAAAAAGGCUUCAAGUCUUCCUAACAUUCUUGACUGUGGAGCGGAAUCUGAUGGGAACGGCACUCUGAAGACCCAGACAGGCACAGGAGGCCCAAAGAGCCGCAGGUCUAUGGCCCCUGCUAUUGAUCUGCCUCGCCUGAGGUUGCCUAAAUUAUCCAGAAGUACAGGUAAAGCUAAGGCCAAAACCACAUCCUUGCCAAAGAUCAACAGUAAGAAUGAAAAUUCUACUAGUAAGUCCAACUACUUGACUGAGUUUUGGGGUGGAUUAGGAAAAGAAACUGAUGGGGCUAGUGAAAGUGAAAGCCAUAGCCCUUCAGCUCUGACACCCACUAUCACAACAGCCCCUGUCUCUCUUGCUCAGCCAUCCCUCCCAGGUCCUGUCCCACACCAGACAGAUGCCAGCAGCCCAAAGGACCCACUUGAAAACUCAUGGGGGAAUGUGACAGGGAAGGACCCCAGAAAAGAUUCUGGUAUCCGCAGUCGCAGGUCAAGUAUUCAGAACCAGUUAAUUGCAAUGAAUGGAAUGAGCCCAGGAGACCUGCUGACACAUCGAGUUAGUGGAUACUACACUUCUAGUCAGUCUUCAGUUGCUGAUCAAAAAUAUGGAGAGACUGGAGAAGGUAGCUGCCGGCUAGAACCUAGCAGCAUGCCACUCAAUGAGAGCCUCACUCGCUUUCAUCAGUUACGCAAGGAGUCUGAUAUUCAGUUAAUCAAGUGUAUCCAAAAAGAUACAAACCAUAGACAUAUUGUGGCUUCUCCUCUCUCUGCAGCAACCCUGUUCUUUGUAGACAAGGAGCUGGAGCGCCAGUACCGUCAACAGGCUCACAAACCACGUCAGGAUGCUCCACCCACCCUUGCCUCCACACACUUCAACAACUACUUUGAUAUCCUGGUGAGUGCCUUCGUCUACUUAGGAGUGACCAUCUCUUUGUUUGUCCUGUUUCACUACACAUUGGGCUGGCUGGUACUGUGCCUACUGUCAACCAGCUGGUACCUGAUUUUACUGGUAUUAUGCUGUCCACAUUUGGUUCGUGGAGAUGGCACCAGGGCAACUUCCCCAGUCAUUUCCCAAAUCUACGAGUGUUUGACACAGUGGAGACUGUGGCAUGUGUGUGGAGCCUCUCUCAUCUGCCUCCCUCUGGCAGUUGUUCUGUAUAAUUUUUCUUGCACUCUGUCUGGCCGUGAUGAAGAAAUGCGAUAUUUCUGUUAUCUCUCUUUUGUCGCUUUGAUACAUUUAUGCAACUUCACACAGCUGAACUGUUGGAUGAAAAACAUUCUAGCAACUUUAGGGACAGUGAUUCUUUUGGUGCUAGCAGUCCCUCAACAUUGUUUGGAAGUGGAAGAAGGAGGACUUACAAGCAAUGCUACUAAUGUGACCAUGCCAGACCCAGAGUGGGAUAACAUGGCUCAGUUUUCUUACCAAGAGAUGGUAGUUGCUGCUACAUUGUUGUUGUUGCUUGUAUGGUUUCUUAACAGAGAAUUUGAAAUUGGCUAUAGACUGAGUUUCCAUGGGUCAGUAAUGGCUAUUAAGGACAAGGUUCAUGUUCAGACCAUGAAAAAUCAGGCUGACUGGCUGUUGCACAACAUUAUCCCAAGACAUGUAGUGGACUCUAUCAAGACCUCCGCCAAGUACUCAGAAAACCACCGUGACGUAGCCAUCAUGUUUGCCUCCAUCGUCAACUUCAAUGAACUGUAUGAUGAGGAUUACCUAGGAGGCAAAGAGUACCUGCGCGUCCUCAAUGAGCUAGUGGCAGAUCUAGAUGAGCUCCUUUCCCGCCCAGAGUUCAAGAAUAUUGAGAAGAUCAAGACAAUAGGUAGCACCUACAUGGCUGCCUCUGGUCUGGAUGCCAAAGUGCGACAGAACAACACAGAUGCACACCAACACAUCUUUGAGUUGGUGGAGUUUGCUCUUGCCACACAGAAGGUCAUUGACGACUUCAAUCAAGAUCUCAUUGAAUUCAAUCUCAUUGUAAGGAUUGGUCUGAACUUUGGGGAUGUCACUGCUGGCAUCAUUGGCACUACAAAACUCUACUAUGACAUCUGGGGUGAUGCAGUGAACAUUGCUUCUAGGAUGGACUCCACAGGAGUACCUGGCCGCAUCCAGGUGAGCAACAGGUGUGCCGCUGUGCUAAACCGCAGGUAUGAGUUAGAACGACGUGGACAGGUGUUCGUCAAGGGAAAGGACAACAUGGAUGUGUACUUGCUCAAGGGCCGCAAAGAUAAUGUCUGAGGAAGUAGUGAUUGUGGUCAUGUGAAGUAUGUUCAGGAAUCACAAAACAAGUCAGCACAAAGUGUGUCUUGGAGGCUUCAAUAUGCAUAUAUUAUUGGGUAAUGUUUUAUUGUAAAUAGUAGAAACAAAAUAAGAAUUAAAAUUUUGCAUGUCAAUAGGUUUUUAAUAAUCUCCAUGCAUUAUUAUUUUGUAAAAUAAUAUUACUGUUAUGAGGAAAUCAAGCAUAUUGUAAAUUUUUUUGUACCCAAAACACUGUAUGCUUUUGAGUGUAGACUAUAAAAGCAUAGGUUUCAAAAGACAAAGAUCUGCUUUCUUGAUAUUAUUUGCUCUAUACUUGAUGGAACAGAUAAGUACUUACUGGAGCUUUGGAUUUAAGACUAGAUACCCUUGCUGAUCCCAAUUGGUGAUAAUGGGUUCCUUAAAUGUGUUCCAAGGAUGGCUGUCUGAAUUUCAUCAUUGACAAGUGGCAUCUGGAAGGAUUCUCAGUCAUAAACCCUCAAGUCCAUUGUGUUCUCAUCAGCUUCAUCAAAUAUGGAACUUAUAAUGGUACAUAUAUAAGAAGGGGUUUUCAUAAGACAGAGUAAUUAUAUUCAUAGUUACUGUACGUACAUGCUUUUGGUGUAGAAGAUAGGAGAGCACACCAAAAAGAGAGGAGUCACCAACAUUUGUGGUGAUGUAUUCACAUCAUACACAGAAGUGUCUCUUGCUCUCAGCUAGAUAAUGAAGCAAGCAUUUCAAGUUUAAUAGAAAUGUCUUCAUCAUUACUUCCUACAAGAGCCAUUAUAUGAAAUAAACCCUAGUCACAUACCACCUGAAGAUCAAAAUUGCUUCUCACUUCAAAGCUUGUGUGUUAUUCUUGAUAGAGUAGGGAGACUUUUGAGCUCUAGCUCAUGUGCUCUUAAUUGAUGAGUGCCAUUUAUGAUGUGAGUCACAAGGUUGCUUUAAACAUGAACAAGGUGUUGCAUUUCUGUAAAUAUUAAGACAAGUUGAAAGGCUACCAAGUUUAAAAAAAAAAUUAUCGAGAACUUAAGCAUGUUUCUUUGACAUUGUAAGGCUUUCAUACAUUUGUUUUUAUCAUUAUUGUCCAGCCACACAUUGUUUGGAGUGUUAAGUAAAUGAGCAUUUGCUUUUCCUAUGGAGCUUUACAAAUGUUAAAUAAAUACAAACAUGCUGUACAUUUAACAUUUCUUAUUGAUAUUAUAUAUCAAUGCUGUUCAUUUCAAUACUAUCACUCAUAGUUCUUGUGUAAGUCAUCAAUGAGAGUGCUGUUGAGGACUGUCAGUUUUAUACAUGAGUCAGUGUUGCAAUUAUUGCUUGGUAUUGUUAUUUUCCAGCAACCACACUCUUGUUUUGGAUGGUCUUCAUGCUGGUGGCCAGUGUUGUUGGUAUGUGUGUAACACAGAUUGACUAAUGUGUGUUUUCAGGCUGUGUUCAUUUUAAGAUGAGUAUUUUAAAUAACAUAUUUUAACAAUGUGUUUAUGAUGAAAGAUUUUAUUUAAAAUUUAUCUGAAAAAUUGCAGUUCACAUUACUUCCAAUGUUGUUUGCUCAGUACAAUUCCAACUGGAGUUCAAGGUCUAAUUAGCUAAAGCUUUGGAUAAUUGAUUGUGCAACUAGACUAAGUGUUCAUAAUUUAAACACACACAAAAAAAACUGUAAUAACUUUAAAGAGGACAUGUAAAUUGAAGAGAAUUGAAUUAAAAUAAAGCUGCAAGUAAGUGUUGUAAAUAUAGCACAUGAAGCUUACUCAUCGUCCAGUAUAUAUAAUUGAGUUAGAUAAAUAGUCAUGUUCAGUGAUAUUAAUGUAAAGAGCAAAGAAAUACCAUAAAUUCUAAUUAAAAGCCAAAAUCUGGAUUAAGCAUAUAAGACUUAAGUUGUUGUAGCUCUUCAUUGGAAGUGUUGUGCUGUGGUGACUAAGUCAGUGAUAGGAUGUGGCCACUGUAGUUGUUAAUGCCUCAGGUGUUUAUAAGGAACUGGAAGCAAUUAAGCAAGCUCCUGAGAAUAUGUUGAAGUGCCUUAUGUUAAGUACUACCACGAGCAAAGUAAAGAUCUCGCAGUACCUACAAAAGUUAAGGGCUUAGUGUUUUGCUGUUCGUUUUGAUCAUAAGUUUACACGCUUUCCCAUUUAGUAAAGGAAUGAACUUUUACCAAAAAUGUAUAAACUGUGUGAUACAGUAAUCUUUCCUAUGAAUUAAUAUCUUUUAUGUUAACAAUAAGAAAAAGAGAAAACUAAAUUGGCAGGCUAGAAAUGCUGACAGACACUCAUGCUUUGCCACAAUUAGUGGUAAUGACUGGCAAUCAUGCGGUUUCAAGGCUAGUGCUGACAAACACUCGUGCUGUGCCAGAGCUGGUAGUACUGACAGUUACUCAUGCUGUACCACAGUGUAAUGCAGACUAGACAGGUAUGCUGUGCCACAGCUAGUAUUGAUGACAGACUGUUAGACAUCAAUAGUUCAAAGGGGAGAUGAGUGAAAUUUAGUUAAAGGAGGAUGGGCUUAAGGAAAGGAUUUUCCCCCUUUACAGUGGAAAUCAACGAAGCUGUUGGUGUGAUGUGUUGUACAGUUUUUUUUCCUAUUCUCACUAACCCUUCUCUUCAAUUGUCUGUAGCAAAAUACUCAUAAUUUUGAGUAUUCACAUCAAGCAUAUCACCCAUAGACUGGAAAUAAUUUGGAUACACAUGUAGGUGACUGUGCUUAAUGGAGUGUGAUGGGUGCAAUGUCAUCUUUUGCUCUUUUGCAUGCAUUUUCUUUUAAUACUGAGUAUUGCAUUUUGGGACAUUGUUUUGCUGAAGUAUUGAAAGAGUGUUAGGCACAAUUCACAGUGUAGCAGAUCACCCUCAUUUACAAUAUAUACAUGAUUGGUUGUAAUGCAAAACCAAUUGUAAAGGACACCAAAGUGAUUGAAAACAAACACUCACUCAUCAUCUCAGUUGAUAAGACCUGACACAUCAAAAAAAAAAUUUCCACAACAGUCAGCAAUAAGAGACCACCAGCUCAUGCAUGUAUAUCAUACAGAUAUACAGACACAUUUUUUUAGGUGUUUUCUCAGGUUUAUCAGAUAAGUAGAUGGGUGAUUGUUGUAUACAUCCUAUUUUCCUAAUUUGUGUUAAUCAUUUUUAUUUAAAUUUUUUUUUUUUUUUUUAGUGUUUGAUAUUUCUUUUAAGUGUUCUGCUUCCUUUUAUUGAUUUUACAUGUAAUUAGCCUUGUAUAGGACGUAAAUAUUGAUGCUGAUGGAUGAUGUCCUCCUCUGAGAGUUGUGCUUUACAUCCUGUAACCAUAUAAACAAAAGCCAGUUGUACAGUACAAUGCUCAGUUCUGUCAAAGAAAGCAUGCAGACAACAAAUGUCAUUACACUAUUGUGUAAUGACAUUUACACUCAUACUCAAGCAACGUUUAACUUAUAAUAACCCUUUCACUGCUAUUUGACAUUUUCCUUAAUUACUAACCUAUCCAAG